UGACCAAGAGCCUGAACCUGAAACAAGUGAACCAACUAGCUUCCCACCAAAAUCUAACCAAAAGCCUAAACCUGACCAAAAGCUUAAACCUGAUCAAGGGUCUACGAUAAACCAGUAUUACACACCUGACCAAGAGCCUGAACCUGAAACAAGUGAACCAACUAGCCUCACACCAAAAUCUAACCAAAAGCCUAAACCUGAUCAAGGGUCUAUGAUAAACCAGUAUUUCACACCUGACCAAGAGCCUGACCCCGAAACUAGUGAACCAACUAGCUUCACACCAAAAUCUAACCAAAAGCCUCAAACAGAAUUAAAGGAAAAGUCUGAUGAAAAUCCUAAAUCUGUCAAAGACUCAACACCUGGACAAAAGCUCACACCUGAUCAUGGCCCAAUCAAACGCCCUGAUCAAAACCCUAAACCUAGCCAGAAAUUUCCUAAAACAAACCAAAGGCCAAAACCCAACCAAAAACAUCCAGAGCUUGUAACAGGCCAAAAGACGAAACCAAACAUGAAGCCUAAACCUCCACAAACCAAUCAAGGUAUUAGAAUGCCUCGGCCUGACCAAAUGCCUGACCUUAACCCCAAAUCCGUGCGUGAUGAAAUUCCUGAAGCACAAUCUAACAAAACAUCCAAACCGAGGCCUCCACCCAGACACAGGCCACCAACCAGACCUACACUCAGGCCAGGAGCAACACCCCUUCAAAGGCCAAAACCAGCAGUGCAACUAGAGCCAAGUCCAAAGACCAAAACAGACUUAGAUCCCCUUCAAAUCAGCGGGACUGAUUCAAACAACAUCCAAGCCUUUCAAACUGACAUGCCACCUGCACCAGGCCCUGCAACACAGAUUGGUGAAGUCACUCAUGCUCCAGGGGUCACAGAGUUCAGUCCCAGCACGAUGAAAACUAUCACUGCGGGUCCAAAGACCUCCAACAGCCUGGAGACUGGACCCUUCCCUCGCCCUCACACUCUCUCUGAAGGCUUCACGAUGAGCCCAAACAGCAGGAUUACGUCUGAUCUGAGGCCACAAACAGCCGGUCAACCACCAUCGAUCCCAAUGACAACAAAACCAAACAAAAUCAUCCAUGGGAUCCUCCCAAGUGUUAUCCCUAGCACAAGUCCAGAAUCCACAAAGCCAAAUCUAGCAUCUAAUACUGACUCCAGCUUACAAGCUAAGAUACUCCACAGUGUGGAGGAAGCAGCACCCACACAAACUCCAGAUCCAGACAAAAUGAUGAUUCCAGUCCCUACACGCAGUGCCCAAACUACCUCCACAAUCAGCCCUGACCUCAGGUCAACAACCCCUGCCACCUCUGGCCCCGAGCCCCCAGCUGUGGAGUCUUCCACUCCCAGUGCACGAGAGCUGCGUGUGAAAAUCAACCAGGUGGCCGCUUUCCUCAACAACAGCCUGACUCCAAAUGGAAGGCCACCGGACAGGCGUCCAAAAGAGCACCUGGGGGACAACAAAGGAGGCAGCAGACCUGAAAAUAAAGUACCAGCAGUGAAACCGUCUAAAGUUACCAUGCCGAGAGACUGCUCCGACCACCUGCUCAGGGGAGAGACAAGAAGCAGAGUGUACCUGGUGACCCCUGACCUCCGCAGCAGAAGCUUCCCAGUCCUCUGUGACAUGGAGCUGAAUGGAGGAGGGUGGACGCUCCUGCAGCGCCGGCAGGACGGCAGCGUGAGCUUCAACCGCACCUGGGCUGAGUACCGAGCAGGCUUCGGGGAGCUGGACGGAGGGGAGUUCUGGCUGGGCAACAACAUGAUCCACCUGCUGACCCGGGACAGGGACAUGGUGCUGCGGGUGGAGCUGGAGGACUUUGAAGGGGUGAUGGAGUAUGCAGAGUAUGAGCACUUCAGGGUGGCGAGUGAGCGGCUGCGCUACAGGCUGUCAGUGGGUGGUUACUCUGGGACUGCAGGUGAUGCUCUCCGCUUCAGUAAGCAGUACGACCACAACAACAGGGCGUUCACCACGCCGGACAGAGACAACGACCGCUAUCCAUCCGGGAACUGCGGGGCCUAUUACAGCUCCGGCUGGUGGUUUGAUGCCUGCUUGGCUGCAAACCUCAACGGGAAGUACUAUGCGGGGAGGUACAAGGGAGUCCGGGACGGGAUCUACUGGGGGACAUGGCACAACAUAUCUACAGAGUUUUACCCCACCAAUGACAGACAGUCUUUUAAAAAGGUCAGGAUGAUGAUCCGACCAAAGGGCUUUGCACCAUGAGCUGUGACUCUCUGCCAGGACAAAGGGUCUGACUACCAACUUCAACCAUAAACUCUUGAGAUGCUCAUUACAGUUCAAUAAACCCAGUAUACCCUCCACAGCUGUUAUACUAUAAACACAAUGCUGCCGCCUUGUGGCGUUUAGUUCUGCAAUACUGAUUUUGUUUUUUGUUUUUUUAAAUUUAAGGCCUACAGGAUGAUAUGACAAUAACUGAGGAUGUACAUAGUCAUAAACGUUACGGUCAUAAUUACGAAGUAUCUUUUUUAAUAACCUUUAAUAUUAAGGGACUGUUCUUUAUUUAUCAGAGGAGGGGGUGGCUGGGGUGUGACUUUUUUUUUUUUUACCCUCCCCGAAGCUACAAAUAUUUUCCCAUGAGCCUCCCUCAGUGACUGGCGGAAAAUGCACGACCCUCCCUCCACCAUAAAUAAGUUAUUAGAUUUUUAAAACCUCACCUUUGAUGUUUAAAAGUUAGAAAUUAAAGAUAAAAUCCUGGAGUUGAAAAAAGCCUCAGUUUCUCAAUCUUGUUCAUGCAAAUGUUUAUUUUUGGCCAAAUUUUAAAUGAAACGUAGCAUAAAGUGAUAUUGAUGAAAUAUCACUAUUUUAAAAUUAGAUUUGGUCCUGUUUUUUUCUGUUGAAAGAGACACAUUGUGUCAAAAUCCGAUGAUAAUUUCUGUUUUUACAGUUUCUGACUAUGAUAAAUGGUGUAAUUUCUGUGAUUUUUAAAACAAAACAUGCCUAUGCCAUUAAAAAAAUAAAGUAAAAAUACAACCAUUUAAAUUUGUAUACCCCUACCCACCUGCUCUCCUCUCACAAGUAACAAACAGUCCCUCGUAUGUCUCUUUUUUGAAUGGACUUUGUUUAAUGACGGGAGAGGUAAAUUCUCUUGUGAAGAGUUAUUUUUUGGUGAAUCUGACGGGUAUGUGGCAACAGAGAAUGAUAUUUUUAUUAUUACAGUACUGGAAAGCCAGUUGAUGGUUGAUUGAAGCUGUAUGGGAUGUUUUAUAAUUAAGAUUGUUUUGUUGAGAUAAAUAAAACUGA